AUGGAUUCUGUCAAGAAAUCUAACCAGCAAAGAGCUCCUGGCUCUUUGCAGCGCAUCACCCAGUAUACGCAGAGCAACCAGAGAGACGUCGAGAGGAACAUUCAGGCGUCCGCCAUCUGUCCCCGUCGGGCUCAACUAGAGCAAGUCUGCCGGCUCUGGGAUGACGAAAACGGGGGGAUCCGCACGGAGCAUGCCAGUGUGGGUAGGCAUUGCCAGACCCUGUACUCCGGCAUGGAACCCAAAGACAAUGGCAAGGACAAUCAUGCCAGCGUCAAGGCAAGUACUUGCCGAAGGCAGACGUCGUGA